AUGGCGAAGAGAAAGGCGAAUGCGACCGAGAAGCAAGGCGGCGCGGCCGAGCCGGCUGACAGCGUGCAGCCGCAGACCACUCGGCCUUCGUCUCCAGGUAAAGUGAGCACCCCUGGCAGCCGAAAGCGCUCUCAACCCGUCGUGCUGCCGCAGAAGCCCGCCUUAUCGCCCCGAAGGGCAGCGGCGUUGAACGAAGGAGACGACGCUGUACGUGGAGCUGGAAGCCCCGUUCAUUCACAGGCGAAAAAACCAGCGCCUGGCAGCACUGCUGCCAAACGAGUACGCGCGGCAGACAAUGCUCUCGCCGAGCAGACCUCCGGAAGUCCAAGCCGUUCGAAACCAGGCGUCGAAGACGUAGCCACGGCCGAGCCGCCUGUCAAGGCGAAGCGAGGUCGUCCAGCGCGGGCUCCGACGGCUAAGAGCGUGGCCACAGCAAGCGCCCCGGGGCCCGUGCACGGAACUUCCGAGAGCCCAAGCCGUUCCCAGACAGCUGGCGUCGACAAACGCGCUGUAGCGACCGAGAAGCAACCUGCCAAGACGCGGAAGCGAGGGCGUCCACCUACUCGUCAGAUCGAUGAGCUACAACCUGCAUCGCAUAACCAACACGUCGAAGUUUCGCCGAAGGCGGCGGGCAGCAAUGCCGGAAGAGCAGGCCGUUCGCCGUCGAUCCCAGCCAAGCGUGGUCGGCCAUCUAAAGACAAAGCCGCGAUGCAGCAGCAGGUCCAUCACAAUUCUCCGGCUGGUCCAUCAAAGGUUGGAGAGAAAGACUCUGGAAGCCAGAACUCUCCACAGCUGCCGAAGACGGCGGGCAGCAAUGCCGGAAGCGCAGUCCGUUCGCCGUCGAUCCCAGCCAAGCGUGGUCGGCCAUCUAAAGACAAAGCCGCGAUGCAGCAGCAAGUCCAUCACAAUUCUCCGGCUGGUCCAUCAAAGGUUGGAGAGAAAGACUCUGGAAGCCAGAACUCUCCACAGCCAAAAAGGAAAUCCUUAGUUGACACCAAGCAGCUCGGUGUGACUGGCAGUGCUGGCAGGAACAUGGAUGUCCCUGACGUGACUGCCAAGAACUCACCGAAGCCAACCAAGGCCAUCAAUCGAGGGCGUACAUCCACUGCCAUCGACACUGCCACAUCAGAGUCUCAAGAGACUGAAGAACAAAGCCCAUCUGCCAAGCGUGCCAUGACCAGUGCAUCGGCUGAUGGAAAAAAGACUGGCACUGCUGCUCAAGGAGCGAAACGAGCAGGUCGUCCUGCAAAGCAACCCAACACGGCAGGUGCAGCUGAUGAAAAGUCGAGGCGAGGUGCCAAAAAGUUGCCUACCACAACCCGAACCGCAGCACCUAAGAGUCCUGGUAAGCAGAACAAGAAGCUACCUGCCAGCAGCCAAAUGGCGGCUUCUUCUAGUGGUGCUGGUAAGAACAAGAUGGCACCGAAGGGUCGUCAGCAGCCAAAACCGAAACGAGGGAAGCGGAAGAGUGCUGAUGACCUGUCGGAUGUUUCAAAUAGCAGCGACGUUACGCCUCCUGGUUGGGAACGGAAAACGCGGCGCAGCGGGCCAUUUGACCACGUCGGCCUGUGGGUGAAGUCGCAGCUCGCGGGCGAGUUGGAUAGCAGCGAUGCAGGAGACAUUUCGGUAGCCUCGAUCGACAGCAUAAUUCUUCCCUCUGGCAUGUUCAACAGACUGACCGGUGCUGGAGGUAGCAGUGAAGACGUUGAUCCGUCCCUCUCGCCCAGAGAAGAAAUCCUUUCGAGAUGCGAGGCAAAGUUCGGCCGGGACACCUUGCCGCAUUCCACGACGACCACUGGUGAGGCAAUCGGCAUGCUAGUGCACUUUGCGAGGAUGCGAGGCCUUCGCUUUGGUGCACUCAGCGAGCUAGUCACAAUCAUCAACAAGAUGUUUGCUCCUGCCAAAGAUGUUCUGCCUGCUGGCAAAGCUUUAGGGAUGGCACUUGCCCAGAUGAAUUAG